CCCGCCCCCUGCACGGCCCUCCAUGGCGCCCCGGGAAGGUGUGUGGCUCGGGCCGCCUCCUACAGCCAUGCGACGACUACAGGACGCCGAGGGUGGCCGCGGGGCGAGGGGCCAGGCACACACACGAGCACAUGGCCACCAGCCUCACCUGAAGGAAAGGAUGAAGGUGAGCAAGCAUUCAAGAGAGAGAGAGAGAGGAGGGAGGAAGCACUAUGCACCUACCUCCCAUCAGUCUCCCCUUCCCCAUCCACCACGCUCACUGCAGCUCCCCUCCAGUCCACAAGGUUUACCCAAUCAAAACUUUGGGUGUGCAGCCUUUCAACGGACAUCGGUGGAUGGGUAGCAGGUGUCAGGUGGGGGUUGUCUCUCUCCUCCCAAAAUGUUAACCCCGAGGUGAAAACCCAAGGCCUUAUGACUCAGGACUUACGAGCUUGAAUCACUUGCAAGAUACAAGAAAAAGAUGACUCAACAAACUCAUGUGGCCAUUUGGCUCCUCCUUUCUUCCCUCCUUCUCUCUGUGUGCCUUUCCUCUGUCCCUCCACUCGCUACCAUCCACAAUAUCAACUCGGCAGGAAGACAGAGAGAGCAGACAGUAAAUGAAGGAGAAAACGUUGGUAAAAGAGCGAGACUAUUGGAUCAAGACAAAGGACGAGAAGUGGAUGUUGUCCCACUCUUAAGACUGAAUAACGUGAUGUGGAGGGAUAUAGAUAGAGGGGAUGGCUCAGACUUAUUGAAGAGGGACCAUUCUCUCCCAAGGCCACUCCUACAGCAGCCCACCAUGCCUGUGAGGGGAGAAAAAGUGGACAUAAAAGAGAGCACCGACAGCCAAGUCACUCCUGCAUUCACCACUACUGUUGCUGCUACCAAGAAUACGAACACUGCUGCUUCUACUACUACUACUACUACUACCAAGAAUAUGAACACUGCUACUACUGCUGCUGUUACUACCAAGAAUACGAACACUGCUACUACUACUACUACUACUACUACUACGACGCCUCAUCCAGUUGUUCCCACUCCUCCUCCCUUGUCCUCCUCCUCCUCCUGCUCGUCUCCUGCAUUUUGAGAGGGAUAUGCAAAUCCCUCUGUUUUCCCAUCCAGCACCCUUCCCUAGUCAUUCCCCUUCCCUUCCCAGCACUGUCACCCACAUCACCAACACCACCACAACUCUCCCCAAGACAGGCAAGUGGGUAUCAUCUCCGCACUUCAUAGCGGUGGUGUCCAUGACUGUGGCGUGGCUCGUGGCAGUGACGGUCCUGUACUGGAUGACCCGGACAGUCAGGGGAAAACAACUUCUAGAGGCCUGGUCAUCUCUGUUUGCCUGUGAUAAAAAAGAUCAGGAGGAGAAUCAGGUGCUGGCUAAAGGGAUUGGAUACUUUGAUGGGAGCCCUGGUCUGCGGCGCUUUGUUUUAAUUGAAGAUGAUGACGGUGAGGAGGAAGAAGAGGAUAAUGAGGAUGAUCUCUUUGCCUCUGAGUUCAAGGAUGCGAGGAAUAAGGAAGAUAAGGAGACGGAAGGAGAAGGGACAGGAGAAAAUAGGAUGCCGGCAAAAUGGAAACCACCGAGGAAGGGGACUUACAUUCUUCAGGAGGCAUCUAAGAAGGAUGUGUUGGAAGUAGGAACGUAUAGGCUACAGGAAGAGGAGGAGGAUGAUGAGGAGGAGGAAGUGGAUGGCAAGAGGAAGAGGAGGGAGGGAAAGAAAGAGGAGGAGGUGGAGUACAUUCUAGAGGGACCUACCUACAUUUUACAGUCCGAGAGGGUAGGAAGAAGAGGGAUGGAGGAGGCAUAUGGACAGAUAGGGGGAAUAGAAGGGCUGUAUGGUGUUGUUGGAAGGGGACUAGAAGGAUAUGGGAGGAUAGAGGGGCUAGAGAAGGUAUAUAGAAUGAUGGGAAGAGGAGAUGAACAAGGAAGAUAUGGGAGAACAGGAGGAAUAGAGGGACUGUACGGGUUACUACGAGAAGGAGAAACAGGAAGAAGAGAAGAAGGAUAUAAGGAACCAGUAGGAGUAGGAAGAAGAAGAAAAGGAGAGGAGGAUGGAGUAAUACUGUCAGUGAGUGAGUUGGAGGGAGCUGUGGGAGGGAUAGAACACGUGAGGGAAGAAAGUACAGGAGGAGGAGGAAGAGAUGAAGAAAGUGAAGGAAGGCGAGGAGGAUAUGGUGGAAAGCAGAGGGAGGAUGGAGUUAAAGAAGUGAAAAGGAGAUCAUUAGAAGAAAGGAGGGAAAGAGGAGGAAGAAGAACAGAUGAAAGAGAAAGGGAAAAAAGAGAAGUUGGAUAUGCUUUGGGGUGGAGAAGGGGAGCGGCGAGGGCUAACUUGGGAAGGGGUUGGUCGGAGGGAACUGAGGGGUACACCUUACGUUCUCCUCCCCCUCAAAAGAGAGCUGCUUCCUUCCCAAUGGAUCACUUUCUUUCUCACUUAAUGCCCCGCAAGCUCUCCCUCAUUGUGGAGGAAGAAAACCACUGAAAGAAAGUGCCUCAGGUGUAAUACUGUAUCUUUAUCGUGAAAGAGGAGGAAAAGGAGGAGGAUUUGGAGGUGAGAGAGAAAGGGAGAUAAAGAGGGAGAGAGGAGUAAGUAGUUUAGUGCAUGAGAGAGAGAGAAGUGGUUUGUUUGUGUGUUACCUCUCUCUUGCGCUGUAUUAACCAUUUGUACAUAAUACUUGCAUUCACAUUGCUCUCUCUCUCUCAUGUCCUUAAUUUAUUUUACCUGAUGGAAAUUUUAUGUGUGUGAGAUUAUAUUGGACAUUUGCCUUUAGUGUGUGUGUGUGUGUGUGUGUGUGUGUGUGUGUGUGUGUGUGUGUGUGUGUGUGUGUGUGUAUUUACCUAUUUGUAGUCUACCAGGCCUGAGCUAAACUCUAAUAGUCCCAUCUCCAUAUCUACAUUUAUCCAGCCUUUUCUUCAAUUGUUGGACACUGUUCACCUCCACCACCUCUUCUUGCAAGCUGUUCCAUGUGUUAACACUUCUAUGUGGAACACUGUACUUUUUCAACUCUCUGAAACAGGUUCCUUUAUUAAGUUUCUUCCUAUGUCCUCUCAGCCCCUGCAUUCUCACAGUUAAGAAGGGAUCAUCUCUGUCCACCUCAUCAGACUUAUUUACCAACUUAUACAGUGUGAUCAGACCUCCUCUUUCCCUUCUUUGUUCCAGUGUCAUCAAGUCCAUCUCCUUCAGUCUGUCUUCAUACGUCAUACUCAAGAGUUCUGGGACCAUUUUAAUUGCAAUUCUCUGUAUCCUUUCCAACUUUCUGAUAUUAUUCUUUUUGUGAGGCAACCACACAACUGCAGCAUAUUCAAGCUUUGGUCUUAUCAUUAAUGUUAUUAUUUUCUUCAUCAUUUGUUUAUCCAUAAAAUUGAAUGAUACCCUUACAUUUUGCAUCAUCCUGUAGGUUUCUCCAAACAACUUGUUUAUGUGUUUUUUUGGGGAUAGUGUGUCUUGCAUCGUUACUCCCAAGUCUUUUUCUUCAUUUACCACCUUUAGGUUUUCUUCUCCCAUCCUGUAUGUUUUCCUUGGUCUUUUUUUACUUUUCCCCUUUUCUAUAACAUGGCACUUGUUUGCAUUAAAUUCCAUCUCCCAUAACUGGCUCCAUCUAUAUACCUUGUCCAGGUCUUUUUGCAGCUCCUCACAAUCUUCCUCUGUCCUCACUUUCCUUAUUAACUUUGCAACAUCUGCAAAAAGGCUCAUAUAACUUUUUAUACCCUUUGCCAUAUCGUUUAUAUAUAUUAUGAACAUUAUUGGUGCCAGAACUGAGCCUUGGGGAACUCCACUCUCUAAUUUGAUUUCUCCUCUUUAAUCACUGUCCUAAUUUCUCUUCCCAUUAAGUAAUCCUUCUGCCCAUUCCUCCCCACUGCUGUAGUUUCCAGAUUAACCUUUUGUGCAGAACCUUGUCAAAAGCUUUUUUCAAAUUGAGAUAUACACAGCCAGCCCACCCUUCUCUCUCUGCACCAUGUCUGUUGCUCUUGAGUAGAAACAGAGCAAGUUAGUGACACAUGAUUUCCCUUUUCUAAUUCCAAACUGUCCUUCAUUUAUCAUGUUUUCCUUUUCUAAAUGUUUGACCCAUUGUUUUUUAUUAUACUUUCACAAAUCUUGUACAUUACACA